AUUGCUCUUAUCCAAUCAUGCCUGGAAUGCCGCUUGCCACUUGGGCUAUUUCUGCUAUCUGUCGCUAUCAGUGCUGCAGUGCUAACCGUUUGGCAGAUGGGACGCUUUUUCUUGGAGUUUAUGCCUUUGGUUUUUAACUUCUGGCAGUGCCUGAAUUGUUGCUGUUCUGCUUCUCCUUUCCUUCUCCCUGCAAAACCAUGGCCCAUCGCCUGCGGUUUCAUUUUGGCUCUGGGCGAAGCAACACGGCCCCCGAGUCUGAGAUCCUCGACCGGGAGAGAGAAGAUGACUUUUUCAUGGCAUUCCACACGUUGCCGAGAAGAAGCAGUCCUCACGCUUUUUCCCGACACGGAGCGGAUUAUGGUGGUGGUGGCGGCAGCGACUUGCAAGAAGUGGGCUCCUUGAAAAGGAGUACAUCCAUGUUUAUUCCCCAGCUGCUGAACAGCAUUGAUGUGCGGCCAACGAGAAGCUCGUCUAUGCAGAUCUCGCUUCAGCGCAAGGCUGUGAACGGCUGUGCCGACGAGUGCGGAACCCCGGCGUCUCCCGAGGAGACGCUUCCCUGUAAAUUCUCAGAGUUUCAGGAGCAUUACGCGUCCCCCGUUGAAAACCGUUCUUCCUCUCCAAGCAGUCCGGAGGUGACUCCUGGAAACUCUCCACCCAGGCUGCCGGAAGAGCCGUGGCAGCAGAUCAAUGGGACCGUUUGCUGUAAUCGCAGGAUAUUUUGUACUAUUCCUUCUAACAGCCAGAGCGAUGAUGCUUCAUCCGCUACCCAGGAAGACGAGGCGAGCGAAGCAUCUUCAGGUCUAAACAUAAGCGGUGUGAGGAUUCAGCAUCGGGCUUCGAGUGCAGAGGUGCCCCAGGUGACUGUGUUGCCCUUCGGUUCUGAGGCCCAAAACAGCGCUGCCAGCCCUGAACCCCGGCGCUGGUCUCUGCAGCACGUGCCAGAUAUGUCGGCAAAUUCGGGGAAGAAGUUCUUUGUUCUUCAGCUGCAGCAACCGCAGGCGAGUGGUGCGGGUACGGGGGGUGACUAUAACUUUGGUUUCACUGGAACAAAAGGGGAUCGACUGGUCAGGUACCCGCGGAUCCGGCUGGAAAGGAGCACUUCCUACCCCGUCCCGCCGCGGCCAGAGCAGGUCAGCCCCACGGAGGACGGGCUGGAUUCAGAGCCGCACGGAAACGGCAGGAGUGGGCCAGAAAUAUCCAGAAGCGAUUCGGUGGAGAGGGUUCCCCAAGGACAGGGGUGCCUGUUCAAGAUCCGACCGGACCAGAACACGAGGCAGCAGCACUUCCGAAUCCUCGUGACGCGCGGUCCGGAAGAGCAGAAGCAGGCGGCUGCUGCGGAGGGCCGCGGCACCCCUGCGCCGGCCUCAGCCAGCCCCGCGACUAGAGACGACUUCCUGGGCCAGGUGGAUGUGCCGCUCAGUCACCUUCCGACUGAAGACCCAACCAUGGAAAGGCCAUACACGUUUAAGGAUUUCCUUCUCCGACCAAGAAGCCACAAAUCUCGUGUAAAGGGUUUCUUGAGGCUGAAGAUGGCUUAUAUGCCCAAAAACGGCGGCCAAGAGGAAGAGAAUAGCGAUCAAAGGGAGGAAUCUGAGCAUGGAUGGGACGUGGUUGAUUCCAGUGACUCUGCGUCUCAGCGUCAGGAAGAGUUGCCACCUCCUCCACUGCCUCCUGGAUGGGAGGAAAAGGUGGACAACCUGGGACGGACUUACUACGUCAACCAUAACAACAGGACUACUCAGUGGCAUCGACCAAGUUUAAUUGAUGUGGGCUCUGAUUCAGAUAACAACAUCAGGCAGAUCAACCAAGAAGCAGCACAUAGACGGUUUCGCUCUCGGAGGCACAUCAGUGAGGAUUUGGAACCAGAACCUAUGGAGAGUGGAGACAUUCCUGAACCUUGGGAAACUAUUUCAGAGGAAGCAAGUGCAAGUGGAGAUUCCUUAAGCUUGUCCCUGCCGCCGCCACCUGCGUCCCCAGUGUCCCGAACCAGUCCUCAAGAGCUGUCUGAGGAGCUGAACAGAAGACUUCAGGUCACUCCUGAUUCCAAUGGGGAACAACUCAGUUCUUUGAUUCAAAGAGAUCCUUCUUCAAGGCUGAGAUCUUGCAGUGUAACAGAUACAGUUGCUGAACAGUCUCAGUUAUCCUUGCAGAGUGGUCCGUCUAGGAGAGCUCGUUCUUCAACUGUCACAGGUGGUGAGGAUCCAACGCCUUCAGUGGCCUAUGUACAUACUACACCAGGGUUACCGUCAGGCUGGGAAGAAAGAAAAGACGCUAAGGGCCGUACCUACUACGUCAAUCAUAACAAUCGAACCACAACUUGGACGCGACCUAUCAUGCAGCUUGCAGAAGAUGGCACGGCUGGGUCAGCAACCAACAGCAACAACCAUUUGAGUGAACCUCAGAUAAGACGGCCUCGUAGCCUCAGCUCACCCACAGUAACUUUAUCUGCUCCGCUUGAGGGCAUGAAGGACUCGCCCGUGCGCCGAGCUGUGAAGGACACCCUUUCCAAUCCGCAGUCCCCGCAGCCCUCGCCUUACAACUCCCCUAAACCGCAGCACAAAGUCGCCCAGAGCUUCUUGCCGCCGGGCUGGGAGAUGCGGAUAGCCCCCAACGGCAGGCCCUUCUUCAUUGAUCACAACACUAAGACUACUACCUGGGAGGAUCCAAGGCUGAAAUUUCCAGUGCAUUUGAGAUCAAAAGCUUCUUUGAAUCCUAAUGACUUGGGCCCUCUUCCUCCUGGUUGGGAGGAAAGAAUACAUUUGGAUGGAAGAACGUUUUAUAUAGAUCAUAGAAGCCAGGUGUUGAUAUGUGGAGACAUUGAUACCAGAGACUUAGUGCCCUCGUACGAUAAUAAAAUUACCCAGUGGGAAGACCCCAGGCUGCAGAACCCAGCGAUUACUGGUCCAGCAGUUCCGUAUUCCAGGGAGUUCAAGCAGAAGUACGACUACUUCCGGAAGAAGUUAAAGAAACCCGCUGAUAUACCAAACAGAUUUGAGAUGAAGCUGCACAGAAAUAAUAUCUUUGAGGAGUCCUACAGAAGAAUCAUGUCUGUGAAGAGACCCGAUGUACUAAAAGCCAGGCUCUGGAUUGAAUUUGAGUCAGAGAAAGGACUUGACUAUGGUGGUGUGGCCAGAGAAUGGUUCUUCCUCUUGUCCAAGGAGAUGUUUAAUCCUUAUUAUGGUCUCUUUGAAUAUUCAGCAACGGACAACUAUACACUUCAGAUUAAUCCUAAUUCAGGUCUUUGUAACGAAGAUCAUCUGUCGUAUUUCACGUUUAUUGGACGGGUUGCUGGUCUGGCAGUGUAUCAUGGGAAGCUGUUAGAUGGCUUCUUCAUCAGACCUUUUUACAAGAUGAUGCUGGGGAAACCAAUAACUCUGAAAGACAUGGAAUCAGUGGACAGUGAAUACUACAACUCCUUGAAGUGGAUCCUGGAAAAUGACCCCACAGAGCUGGAUCUCAUGUUUUGUAUAGAUGAGGAAAACUUUGGACAGACGUAUCAAGUUGACUUGAAGCCACAUGGGUCAGAAAUCAUGGUAACCAAUGAAAACAAAAGGGAAUACAUUGACCUCGUCAUCCAGUGGAGAUUUGUAAACAGAGUUCAAAAACAAAUGAAUGCUUUUUUGGAGGGAUUCACAGAACUUCUUCCUAUUGAUCUGAUAAAAAUUUUUGAUGAAAAUGAGCUAGAGUUACUGAUGUGCGGCCUUGGGGAUGUUGAUGUUAACGACUGGAGACAACACACAAUCUACAAAAACGGUUACUGUCCGAACCAUCCUGUUAUCCAGUGGUUCUGGAAGGCCGUUUUACUGAUGGAUGCUGAAAAACGGAUUCGAUUACUGCAGUUUGUUACUGGGACGUCACGCGUGCCUAUGAACGGAUUUGCUGAACUUUAUGGUUCAAAUGGUCCUCAGCUGUUUACAAUAGAGCAAUGGGGAAGUCCUGAUAAACUGCCCAGAGCUCACACAUGCUUUAAUCGCCUAGACUUACCUCUUUAUGAAUCUUUUGAAGAUUUACGAGAGAAGCUACUUAUGGCAGUUGAAAAUGCUCAAGGAUUUGAAGGAGUGGAUUAAAACAGCAGCUUUUUUCCCCCCUUCAAGCAAGUUCUGCUUGCACUUUUGCAUUUGCCUAAUGGACUCUGAGUGACUAUGGCAGAACAGUUGCACAAUGUUGGUUCAUGGAGCAAACACUUCUACAGUGCAGUUGCCUAAAUUCAGAAGUUUGAACUAUAAUCUGUGGAUUGUUUUUCUGACAUUUCCACAGCAAAUUACCAACUGGUUAACAUGUACUCUGAUUACAUUUCAGCAAGACUUGUUCUAUUUAUGUUGUGCCUCUGUAGGCAAAGCCCUUAAUAAAUAUUUUACAUAAUUUCUAAUGACAAUGAAUGGAAUUAAUCAUUUUACAGGUAUAGUAUUACAACUCAUGUUUACUUUUUAAUUGAUUUAGACUUUUUCAGAUUUUAUUUCAUUACAAUUAAAUAUCAUAUACUUGGAAAAAUGAGCAUUUUUCUUAUCUUAAUUUCAUACCAGACUUGAUGCCAGUGUCAUUUUUUCAAAGUGCAUUUUGAGCCUCAUGUUCCCAAACCAUUAAAGAAAAUAGGAGAAAGCUAUGUUGGAAGUUUUCUGUUCAUGGGCUGUAUCAAGAGCAACUCUAAAAACCUUUUCACUGAGCACAUAAAUAUUUUUCUGUAUCCAGAAGAAGUAAGGAUUGGAUGUUGCUUUUUUGUAUAGAUAAUAGAAUAGUUAAAAGUCAAGAGAGAAUCAUAACAUAGCAUGCCGAAUCUCAUGUUCAGUAAAGAAAUUGCCUCAUUAUUCCUUGGUAAUAUUUACAUGUACUAUAAAACAUUUUGGGGUAGGGUUGGCAUUAAUGAUUUUAGGAAAAUAUGCUUAACCCUGUCAUUAUCUUUGUACAGUGAUUCUUUUAUUAUCCUUUCCUCUUUACUGUUUGCAAUGGAGGCAUUUUGAAUGAGACCUGACACCGCGUGAUUUGGCGCUAUGGAAAACAGAUCUGUUUUGUCUCCUAUUUGUAUGCAUUUGCUAAUGAUAACUAAAUAACUAUUUUUUGUUUGUUUCUAACUGCACCAACUCUAAAGGCACUUUAUGUAACACAUGGAAGUCAUAUCUGUUUUUUAUCAUAAACAUUAAUGUGAUUAUAUUCCUUCUCACUGCACAUGUCUUUCUGGUGCAAUAUCUAUCAAUUGUGAAUUUGGCUGCUGCUGAUGUAUAAAAGAAAAAAAACAGAUGUAGAGCUGAGCCUGCAGACAUGUUCUCACCAGUUGUUUUUGUGAUUUAUUUUUUACUUAAUCACAAAGAUUUAUUUAAUAUACACUGCUAUCUAAUCAGUUUUGUUACUAUGACAUGUUGCAUGCUUAAACUAUAAUGUCUGAGUUGCAUCUGUUGUGUGAUGGAUUAAAAGUGAAAGAUUUGCAUUUGAUCCACUGAAGUUAAGUGGUUAUCAUACGACCAGGAGCAGGUUUGAGGGUGUGGCUUUAGCAAUUGGAGUGUGGUCAGUUUUGUAAGUUUUGCCCACAUACUUGCUACGUACAGGGUUUUUCUCCCCCUAAGAAUCCAGUCAGUGCUUCCCAAGCAAGAUACCACAUGCCAAAACAGAAAAUUUCACCUCAUUGCCGACAGCUUUGUUACUUGCUCUUUCCCCUGCCCUGCACGUGACACCCACGGGCAAGUACAGUGUACUGCUGAUAAUGAGUGGCAGUCCUUGACGGCAGAAACUUUAAAUACUUCAGCUACAAAGGCUACUGGAAGGAAACUUAAUGGUGGUAACAUUCAGCAAAUGUUUGCAUCUUAGCAAAAACUCUGAAGAGCUAAUAGGUACAUGGAGAAGCUCUUUUUUUAUUAUUGGAACAGAGGUUAGGAUUCAUUUUUUUAUGAAAUGUAUUUUCUGACAUUCCUUUCUGACAUUUUGCAUUUGGUGAGCAGAAAAGCUUAAAUGUGAGAAAGAAGUGGACUGCACCCUGAGUAGACAGGGAAACACUACACGGACGAUUUAUCUAAUGGGAAGGGGGGUGGGGAGGGCUAAAUCCAGUUAUUUACACUGUCUUUCUGUAUGUUAAGCAUUGCUCAUUACAGCAUGGACUCCCUCCAGGGAGGUGUCAUACUGCAGAAUCUCUUUUAGGGGGAGGGAAGAAAAAAAAAAAAUCUCUUUACCUGGAGGAUCUUUAUGUCAUUGGAGGUUAUGUUCAGGUCCAGUGCCCUGUAUCAGAACCUUAAGAACACCUGGAUUUUUUUGUUACAGAAUUGACAUAUAAUCUCAUUAUAGAUGGAGGAUGUGAUCGUGCAGUAGUUAAGUUGGGGUGGAACUAGAAGUCAGGUUGUGUUUUGAAUCUGAUACUCCUCUUGUUGUGAUCUUGCUUUACUCCCUUCCCUUCCCUCAUCCUCAAAUUCUAAAACAGAGUUUACUAAUACUUACCUACAGCAGAGUCCUUUCAGACAGUAGAUGCUGAUAGGUAUCAAGAAUUACACAGUGACAUCAGACUAGAAAGGGCUUUUUUUUGUUGUUGGGGUCAUUUGUGUUUGUGGGUUUCUAUAGAAAAUUUAGAGUGAAUUAGCCUAACAUCUUUCAGAUCCACUUACCUACACAAGCUGGCAGACGCUGCAGAAAAAUCCCCUAGGUAUUACAAUAGGGAGUGACUUACAGUGUAGGAAGCAUAACUGAUGUGUGCUUGGAUUGGUUUAUUUUAAGAGAGGAGAUUUUUCAUUUUUUAGGAAAAAGUUUAACAUUACAAAGAAAGCCCUCGAGGUUUGCCAUUAAUGUGGCUGGUAGCUUUGAUUGCACCAUGGGAAAUGGUCUGAACUAACUCGGGCAAUAGUGUCAAUGAAAGCUGAUAUGUAGUGUCCCCCAUGGACUUGUACAGCUCAUGCUGAAAUUUGUGCCAUUUUGGCUUUUUUGCCAUUAAUGCAAACAGUUAAAUAAAUGGUAAUUCCUCUUGUGCCUGCACUUUGGCAUCGCAGCUCCCACCUCCACUGCAGACCUACUGCCCUUGUGCAGAGCUGGUGCAGCACCACAGUUAUCUCCCUCAGCUUUUGUUUUGCAGCCAGUUUGUUCAACAUGCCCUCCAGCAAAUACAAGAGUCAGGGUGAACACACCAGAAACUAAGGCGCUGGCUUUCUGCUAGCUGAGCUAGCUACACUGUUACUGCACAGCACUGCUGCCUUUUGCCUUUAGGGGUGCAGCUCUGCAAUACUGCAGGCACUUCCAUGGUAGAAGCGGAACGACCCAUUUCGUGUUGGGGCCCAUAAAUAAUCUAGAUUCCAUGUCUGGAAGUUAGUGUGAUUAUGUGUAGGGUAAGCUGAUGUGAAUUGCUCAGGCCAGACCCCUUGGUGCAUAAAGCUUUUAUGUUGUGUAUCAGAAGCUGCCUUGUUACCUGUAAUUAACAGGCUGUUACUGAGAAAGCUACAUCCAUAACAGUCUUGGUUUGGUCUGUAUUUUGGGUUUUAGCCAUCAGUGUAGUUACAUAGAUCUAGCUGGGCUGAUGGAAAUCUCUAGUAAAAUGUACUCUUGGUGGCUACCUUGAUGGCUAAACCCUGGGGCAGAUAUGCACCUUGCAUCAGCCAAAAAGUUAAGAUCUCCUAUAGUGUGACAAAACCCAGGGCAUUUUUGCAGUGAACUGUAUGAGGCCUGGUAUAUGUCCUUAGCUUUGCAAAGCAGCACCUGCAGAGAAAAUUCGUUUUCUCCUACACAGCUCUGUAACAUAAAGCCUAAGUGCUGUUACUGAGAGCCAAGACUGGAUUCCAGACUUCCCUUUCUAACACACUGUAGACAGCUGGAAUCCUCCUGAAACUCAUGCAGCAAAGCCUGAAGGAGCCUUUUUAAAAAAGUGUCCCAAUAUGUCAUUUACUUAAAAUAGCAUCUAAAACAUAAUAAAGCAACUGCUCCAAUAGGACUUGUACCAUAAUACAGUGCCUUUCUUAACACAGUUAAUUUGCCUUAAUUUACUCUUGUACACUCAUAGUUCAGCCCAUUCACCACAAAAUGACCCAAGAGUAUUUUAAUAGCUUCUGUCCAGCUCCAAUGUUUGGUCAAUAAAUAGUAAUCAUGAAGCUGGUACAUACAGCAUUAUUUGUCUGCUUUUGAGAAGCCUUAAACAAUUCAUGAACACUUAGUCACAUUAUAGCAUAUGGAGCCCUGUAGCUGUCACCUCUUGUUCACGGCAAGGCUUUUAGAUCCGAGUGCCCUGUGAGGUUGCCAACUAAUUAGUAUACACUAUACCUAUCACAGUAACUCUAGUUUGCAUUGCUAGCUGCUGGAAAUUGCUUCUACAUAAUGCAAUGCAACAAAAUCUGGUACUUUAACAUUAUUUUUUCCAUCUCUCUCCUCCUGACUGCUCAGCCCUUUCUGACUGAUAAUCGUGGCUGUGGAGUUCAGGUUACCUUUUUCUGAUGCCAUGGGUGAAGCCCUGAUGUCUCUAAAAGGGCCAGGAAUUGUUAGGAAAUGCAAAACUAGGGAGCAGAAGGUGAGGUGGGGAGAGAAACUGGAUAGUUGGUCUGCAUUUCUAAUAGUCAAAAAUAAGUAAUGAAGCCCCUGUGAAUGCUAGAGCUAAUUAUUAGUAUGUAUAGUGCAAGAAAGGUAGAAUUACCAGAUUGGACAUCCUAAGUGUACAUUAGUUUUCUUCUCUUGUUUGUUAAUAAAAAAGAAAUUUCCUUUUGUAUAUAAAAUUACAACAAAACCCCUACAGUCUUCAGCUCUCUGUUAUGAUGUUGCACUAAAAAGUGAUGCAUGUUUGAAAUGCAUGGGGAACUUACUUAUAAAACUGGAAUUUAACCAUAUUAAUGUUACAUACCGAUCAGAUCUGUCAUACUGCACAUACAGCCUUGUUAGAUAACACAGCCAUCAAUGCAAAUCAUAUUUAGUCAUAUGUCUAUCUAUAGACAUCUAACCAAUCUGUUUCUCCACUGAUCUUCCACUUACAUGUUUUUUUUUCCUUUUCCAUAUUAUUUCCCUGUAGCCUUUGCUCCUUUUUUCUUAACAUUUUAUAUAUAUGUAUAUAUAUAAAAUAUACACUGUAUGUAGCCACAUACAAUAGUGUGUUGCAUUUUUAUACUUCUUAAAUCCAUUCUGUUGGAUUGAAAGAGGCCUGUGAGCAGUCUGUCUCUGGCAGCUCUAUCGCAGACACGCCAUGGUGGGUAGGUUAUGAUUCUCAGACCCCAAACGGAAAACUCCAGAAAGUGAUGUUAUGUUCUGUGUUUGUGAACCUAAAAUUUUUACUCAAAUUUAAACCGGAGAUUAUUAAUAUCUCCAAAGGUGAAUAAGAGUUUCAAACAUUCCAGAUAAAUUCACACUUUCAUAAUUUUUUUUGUAAAAUUGCCUCAUAGUAGGCAGCAAUUCAAAAUUAUGCUAAACUACCUUAAAAUUGAUUUUAAAAAUACUACUUACAGAUAAUGCUCAUUUUCACAAUUAAAAUAGCUUUAAACUGUGGUUGGAUUUGAUACACUGUGGGGAAAGGUUUUUGUUUAAGGGCAAAAAAUCAUUUUUUCCAUUUAUUUUCUUAAGUGAAGGAAAUUGUAGUUUGUUCUCCUGACAGCAAAAGCUCAAUGUGACAAAAUGAAGUUGUUGUAAUGAAAUGAUGCAACUUAAAUAUUUAAUAAAGAAUUAUGGAAGCUAGAGCAUUUUAUACUUCAAAUAUAUUUUUUGUCUAACUGAA